CGGGUUAUAUACUGGGAGGGGAAGCAUGAACCACACUCAGCUCUCUUGCCAGCACGGAGCUGUGCUCACUCGGCGUUCGUGGCUGCAGGACACUCGGGCCCAAUGGAGCAGGGAGACUGGCAGCGGUGGCUGCUGCUGCUGCUGGGCAUCCAGCUGGCCAGUGGCCAGUGCCCAGAGCAGUGCCAGUGUGUCCGCAGUGCCCAGGUGGAAUGCUCUGGUGCUGGCAUCACCACAGUCCCCAUCAUCCCUGAGAAUGCCAUGACCCUUCAGAUCAUCAACACGCGCAUCACCGAGCUGGGUGAGGCAUCCUUUGGCAACGCCUCCCUGCUCAUUGGGCUGCGCAUCGAGAAGAACAACCUGUCCCACAUAAGCCCCGGGGCCUUCCAGCACCUGCCCGACCUGCGCUACCUCAGCCUGGCCAGCAACAAGCUGCAGGAGCUCCCUGUGCAGGUCUUCGAGCCUCUGGACAAGCUGGAGUCUCUACUCCUCUCCAGUAACCAGAUCCUCCAGGUUGAGCCUUCCCACUUCACCCACCUAAGCAACCUCAAGGAGCUGCAGCUGCACGGGAACAACCUGCAGGAGCUGCAGGAGGGGGUGUUCGACCAGCUCACCAGCCUCACCAAGCUCAACCUGGCCAGGAACAACAUCGACCGCCUGCCGCCCCGGGCCUUCGAGCGGCUGGCACGGCUGCAGGUGCUGCGGCUCUAUGAGAACCGGCUCCGGCAGAUCCCAGCAGGCACCUUUGAUGGGCUGCCAGAGCUGCAGGAGCUGGGGCUGCACCAGAACCAGCUGGAGACACUGUCCCCGGAGCUCUUCGUGCACAACACCAACCUGCAGAAGCUCUACCUGUCCAAUAACCUUCUCACCACUCUGCCGAGUGGCAUCUUCUUGCCCCUGCACUCCCUUGCCAAGAUCACCCUGCAUGUCAACCGCCUGCGGGAGAUCUCCCCCAGUGCCUUUGGGCCCAUGCCCAACCUGCGGGAGCUGUGGCUCUACGAGAAUGAGCUUUCCAGCCUCCCCACUGGCGUCUUCACCAAUCUCACCCAGCUGCAGCUCCUGGUUCUCAGCAAGAACCGGCUGCGUUCGGUGGCACCGGGGGCUUUCCAGGGCUUGGGGGAGCUGCUGGAGCUGUCGCUGCACUCCAAUGCGCUGCGCCGCCUGGAUGCCCGGGUGCUGGAGGGGCUGCCCAAGGUGCAGAACAUCUCCCUGCACCACAACCAGCUGCAGGCGCUGCCUCGGGGCCUCUUCCGGGCCACCCCUGGGCUGCAACACCUGCAGCUGCAUUUCAAUGCCCUGGAGUACCUGCCCGCCGGCAUCUUCUCCCCCCUGACUACCCUGCGAGAGGUGAGGCUGCACAACAACUCCUGGCGCUGUGACAAGGGCAUCCUGCCCCUGCAGGGCUGGCUGGAGGACAACCCCCACAAGGUGGGUGAGACACCCCCGCUGUGCGCCCAGCCUCCUGCCCUACUGGGCACCCCCGUCGCUGAGCUGCCACGGGACCAGUUCCUCGACACCCAGUCCCCCACUGCCUCCCCCCAUCCCAGCACCCACCUUCCUGCUCACAGCUCUGAGGCAGCACCGCCGGAGGGCACCUGGAUGGAGCCCCCCGCGGGGCUGCCUAUCUCCCCACGGGAGGAGGAGGAGAGGGAGAAGGAGCAAAAGAAGGAGGAGAAGAAGGAGGAGGAGGAGGAGGAGAGAGGGCAGUGGGGGCUGACACGCAUACAGAGUGGAGUGGUGGUGGCAGUCAUCGUGCUGCUGUGUGUGGCCCUGCUUGCUGCUCUGGUGGCACUGGUGGUCUAUGGCUGUAGGAAGAAGAGCCACGUCGUGCUUAUGAGGAUGAAGGCACCGAAUGAACCUCAGGCCCAUGAGGUGCUGAGGGGCCUGGCACUGGCCCCACUGCAGGGGGAGUUAGAGGAGUGGAACGAUGGGAUGCUCACGGGCGGCUGCCUCUGGCCUCACCUCCAGUCCUCCGGGGUUGGGUUAUUUUUCAAAGUGUUCCAAGGACACGGGUUGUUGUUGCCGAUAAGCAGUGAGGGGCAGCUCCGCCCCAGCAGGAACAGCUCGUCUGCUGGCUUCCCAUCCGCCCCAGAAAACACUGUCCCAUCUCAGCAAGCAGCAUCCCUGCAAACUGCCACAGGUUUGGUGACCAUCUCCACGAUGCCACAUUCGUGCAGGCUGGUGAUCUGCGUGCUGCUGGGGCUGGGGUCCCUGCUGGUGAGGGGGCUGCCCCCAUCCUGCCCCCAUACCUGCCAGUGCUACGACACCUCCAAAGUCUUCUGCUCAGAUGAGAGGAUGCGGGAGAUCCCGGCGGGCCUGCCAGGCAGUGCCACACAGCUCUUCUUUGUGGAGACAGGCCUGAGCAGUGUGCGCAGGGGGGCCCUGGGCACCAGUACCACCCUCACCAAGCUGGUCUUCCUCAACAACAACAUCCAGGAGCUGGAAGCCGGUGCCUUUCAGUGGCUGCCCAGCCUCACCGAGCUGGAGGUGUCAGGAAACCCCUUGCCAGCAGUCAGCCUUGGGGUGCUGAUGGGGUUGACCAACCUCAGCAAGCUCUCCCUGGGUGCCAAUGCCAUCAGCUCCUUGCAGCCAGGGUUCUUCACUGCUGCAUGCAGCCUGCGGGACCUGCGCUUGCCAGGGAACAGGAUUGUGGCAUUGCCCCCUGGCAUCUUCCACCCACUCCGGCAGCUCCAGGCCCUGGACCUCUCGCAGAAUGUCCUGGUUGAGCUGCCAGAGGGGCUGCUGGCCCCACUCACUGCCCUCCGCCUCCUCAAACUCAGUGACAACCUGCUGGUGCGGGUGCCCCCCGGCGCUUUCAGGGCACUUGGCCAGCUGACUGAGCUCCACCUGGAUGGGAACCGGCUGGAGGAGCUGCCACCUGGCAUCUUCACCGGGCUGGGGGGGCUGCGGCGGCUGCAGCUGCAGCACAACGCCCUGGGCAGCCUGGCCCCCGACAUCUUCACUGGUCUCCUCAACCUCACUGUGCUCAGCCUGGAGGGCAACCGCUUGGCCACCCUGCCUGCCACCCUCUUCACUGGCACACCUGGCCUCCUCCACCUCUCGCUGGGUCGCAACCAGCUGGAGACGCUGCCCCAGGAGCUCUUCUCCAACCUGUCGGCGCUGCAGACCCUGGUGCUUUCACACAAUGCCAUGGACCACCUGCCCACUGAGGUUUUCCAGGGACUGGCAGCACUGACAGCACUACAGCUGAGCCACAACAACCUCUCCAGCCUGCCAGCAGGGCUCCUGGCUGGGCUGCCCCUCCUCACUGCCCUGGCACUGGACCACAACCGCCUGGCCCGCCUGCCCCUGGGGCUCUUCGAUGCCAAUGAUGAGCUGGUGCGUGUGGGGCUGUCUGACAACCCCUGGGCCUGUGACUGCCACCUUGCCUAUCUCCUGCGCUGGCUCCAGGGCUUUGCUGAGCCCCUCAUCCAUGGGCAAGCCUUCUGUGCCAGUCCAGCUGCUCUCCAGGGACAGUCCCUGCUGGAGGUCCCCCGGGGGCAGCUGGAGUGCCCGAGAGGACCUGGUGUCCCCCCAGAGGAAGGCUGGGACAGGGAUGCUCCAGGACAGUGCACCUACAGCAACCCUGAGGGCACUGUAAGCAUGGCCUGUGAUGCCACAAGCUGCCAGCAGCUCAGCCUUCGCCUCCCUUCUCCUCCUCCCGAGCAAGUGCAGGGGUUGGGGCCGGUGUACCAGGGUGCCUGGGUGCUGCACUCCCACUGUGGCACACUGCAGGUCAGUGUCCUUGUCACAGCACAGAGUGGGAGUGAGGCCACAUCGCCAGGUCUCCCUGCUGUGCCCUAG